CCCCAACCCCCGCACUCAAUUGCCUGACCAGCUCAGGCCCUAUACCCGCAGGCAGCUGCAACGUCGCGUUCGCCGCCUUAGGCGUCCCUGGCGGCGUUGCAUUCGGAGUGCUACCUGGUGAAACCGACGCCGAGUUUGUCGCACUCCCAGCCACCGCGGCAGCAUUCAACGGCCCCGCCAAUUGCGCCAUGUAGUAGUUCAAAGCGGCCAUGUAUUGCUGGUACUGCGGGUGGCCCGGAGUCUGUAUGCUCGUAAUCUCCUGUAUUGCUGUCGCGGACGCCGGGGCUGCUAUUGGAGAGCCUACAGCGCCGGAGCCAUUUGCACCGUCGCCAGUGCCUGUUGAGCCCGGUCCUGUUGGUGGGUGCUGUGCGAGUGGUGAGGAAGUGGCUAGGUGUGGGAGCGAGUGCAUGCGUUGGAGGGCUGGUGGGCGAACGGGUUGUUGUCCGGGUGUGGGAGUGGAACCUUUGGAUGCCGGUGCUGGCGUUGCAGUGGUGGAUGAGGAAGCGGGCGUCCGAGAGUGACCUGACGCUGCUGUUGGUGGGGGUAUUAUCGACGGUGGUUGCUGUGAUUGCACAAGGCCUGCUCCACUUCCUCGUCCCCGACCCUUCCCUGCUGCUGCAGCAUUUGCCCCCCGACCUCCGCCUCGUGUAUUAGCGCGACCUCGCCCCGGAGGCAGGUGGGACAUGUGAGCUGCGUCUGUGUGAGUUAGUGGGGGGUGUGUUGUGAGAGAGGAUCGCAAGACCAACUGAGCUUAAAUACAGAUAAUGUGGGAGUGAUCUUCGCUUCCGGGGACGGGGGGGGAUUUUGGCCGAACCCAGUGC